UUCCAUCGGACCUAUUACCCUAUCUCAUCCAUCUUCACUUACAGUUUCCUUUGUUCUUUGUCCAACAAACCCAGCCUCAAAAAUGCCACCACUCAUCGCCUCACAAAUGUCCACGCUCCUCACCCGCCGAAAAUCUCUCUCCUCCCACCGCACCCUAACAACCUUCCCACCCAGCUCAAAAGACUUCUCAUCCAACGACUUCCUCUCGCUCUCCACCUCACCUCUCCUACGCUCCCAUUUUCUGACCGAACUCUCAUCCCACCCCAAUUUCCGCCUCGGCUCCUCUGGUUCCCGCCUCCUUGACGGAAAUUCCACUUACGCCGAAGAAUUGGAAUCUUUUAUCGCAAACUUCCACAAAUGUGAAGCAGCACUGCUAUUCAACAGCGGAUUCGACGCCAACGAAGGCUUCUUCGCUUCCGUGCCGCAGGACGGCGACGUCGUGGUCUGGGACGAGAUGAUCCAUGCGUCUGUGCGGGAAGGGAUCAAAUUAUCUCGUGCAGCGAAAAGUGUUAGUUUCAAGCAUUGCGAUGUCGAUGAUCUUCGUCGAGUUUUGAGAGAUGUUAAGAGAGGGGAUAGGAAUGUUUUCAUAGCGGUAGAGAGUCUUUAUAGUAUGGAUGGCGAUUUGGCGCCUUUGAAGCAGAUUUUGGAUGUGGUGGAGAGGGAAGUAGGGGAGAGGGGUCUGGUGGUUGUUGAUGAGGCCCAUUCGACUGGUGUUUAUGGUGAGAAGGGGAGGGGGUUGUGUUGUGAGUUGGGAGUGGAGGAGAGGGUUUUUGCGAGGUUGCAUACUUUUGGGAAGGCGUUGGGUUGUAAUGGUGCUGCAAUUCUGUGCUCGAAAUUGACGAGAGAGUAUCUGAUUAACUACGCGAGACCGUUGAUUUACACAACAGCAAUGGGCUUCCCGUCUUUAGCUGCUAUCAAAGUCGUCUAUUCCCUCAUGAAAGAAGGAAAAACUGACCCACUCAGAAUCCACCUCAACGAACUCAUUAUUCACAUGUACCAACAACUCCAAACAUUGCACCCUUAUACAACAUCAAGUGACCUCCUUCAAAUCCCAUCAGAAAUGCCCCGCUCGCCAAUCUUUGCUCUUUUGAUGCCGGAUCCGAGGAGCUUAGCGAAGUACUGUCAGGAGGCGGGAUUCGUGGUUAGGGCUAUCAUGCCACCGACUGUGCCAAUUGGGACGCAGAGAGUGAGGGUUUGUUUGCAUGCGGGGAAUUCGAGAGAAGAUGUUGAGAGGUUGGUGGGUACCAUUAGGAAUUGGUUGAUGUUGCAGAGGAGGGAAGUCAGGGAGCGUGGGUGUGAGGGCAUGAGAGAAGUGUUUGUGAAAGCUGUGUUGUGAAAGUAUCUCCACUAGUAUUAGAGAGGGAUUCAUAGAAUGAUAAAUAUUUAGGAAAAGAAGUUCGUAUGAAGAAGACUUUCUACUCCUCCUUAGCAAAUACGGUUAUGGUUGAGGCGAGAGGUGUUCAGUACAUG